AUGACCGAGUUCACGGAGGCCGAUACCAUCAGAAUCCUCGUCGCAACAGACAACCAUGUCGGCUACGAAGAGCGCGACGCCAUUCGCAAAGAUGACAGCUGGCGAACUUUUGACGAAAUCCUGAAUAUUGCUCGAACUGAAGAUGUUGACAUGGUCUUACUUGCUGGCGAUCUCUUCCAUGAAAAUAAACCCUCACGAAAGUCCCUCUACCAGGUCAUGCGUACGCUGCGACAAAACUGCCUCGGCAUGAAGCCGUGCCCUCUCGAGUUCCUCUCCGACGCUGCCACCGUCUUCGAAGGCGCAUUUCCCCAUGUCAAUUACGAAGACCCCGAUAUUAAUAUUUCGAUACCUGUAUUUUCUAUUCAUGGUAACCACGAUGAUCCCUCGGGAGACGGCAAUUACUGUUCGCUCGACUUGUUACAAGCUGCCGGCCUGCUGAAUUAUUUUGGACGAGUAGCCGAGGCCGAUAAUAUUGAGGCCAAGCCAAUUCUCCUCCAAAAAGGCAUUACAAAACUCGCCCUGUUCGGUUUAAGUAAUGUCCGAGACGAACGAAUGUUUCGGACUUUUCGAGACCAUAAAGUCAAGUGGUUCAGGCCAAAUGUGCAAAUGGGCGAUUGGUUCAAUAUGCUCGCUGUCCACCAGAAUCAUCAUGCACACACCGCGACAUCAUAUCUCCCCGAGAACGUACUACCGGACUGGCUUGAUUUGGUGGUUUGGGGACACGAACACGAAUGUCUCAUUGAUCCUACACAGAACCCCGAGACAGGAUUUCACGUCAUGCAGCCUGGCUCGUCGGUAGCCACGUCACUUGUGCCAGGUGAGGCGGUGCAAAAGCACGUGGCCAUUUUGAGCGUAACAGGCAAGGAUUUCAAAGUUGACAAAAUCCCAUUAAAGUCGGUGCGCCCUUUCGUGACUAGAGAACUCGUUCUGGCUCAGGAUAAGCGAUUCAAGGGCUUAGACAAGAAGAAGGACAACAGACAAGAAGUGACCAGGCGGCUAAUGGAAGUUGUGGAUGAGAUGAUUGACGAAGCAAAUGCAGAUUGGGAAGCCAUCCAGACAGAUGAAGAGGCGCUAGAAGAGCGACCGCUGCCUCUGAUUCGGCUCAAGGUCGAGUACACGGCCUCGGAUGGGGGUCUGUUUGAGUGUGAGAACCCACAGCGAUUUUCUAACCGAUUUGUUGGCAAAGUUGCCAAUACAAACGAUGUCGUCUACUUUUACCGCAAAAAGACUUCACAGCGCAAAGCUACAGCCACGCUUCCCGAAAAUGUUCUCGAGGCCCUCGCCGACGGUGCCGACGCCGUCAAGGUAGAGUCGCUGGUACAAGACUUCUUAUCUGCCCAGUCUCUUAAAGUCUUGCCGCAAGGCCCCUUUGGAGACGCGGUAAAUCAGUUCGUUUCAAAGGACGACAAACAUGCCAUGGAGCUGUUUGUCUCGGAACACUUGACGGGCCAAGUGAAGCAGCUCCUCGGGCUUGAAUCCGAUGAUGAGGAUCUCGACAGUGCCAUGGACAUUUAUAGAACCAGAGUUGAGCAGCAAAUGACCAGCGGCCCCGGCAAAGGAAUGUUUAGUACUGAUAGAAAACGGGUAUUGAAACCAAAACCCGACACUUGGGAUAGUGAUUUCGACGGUAACUGGGAGGACGAGCCUGAUGCAUGGACAUACGAAGGUUCUAGCCACGACUUGAGUCUUACCACGACACAAGGGCCUGGGCGGACCGGUAGAAGCAGGGCGGAAGCUCACGGCGAAGAAAUGUCCGACGAUGAACCAGCACCACGGCCUACCAGACGAACAGGCAGAGGAACGAAAGCAGCUACCACAAAAGCCGCCGAGAAGAAGGCCUCGGCAAAGAAAGCUCCGGCACGGGGACGCGGUCGUAAGAACGUCGAACAAAGCGAGGAAGAGGAAGAAGAUGUUGUCAUGGAAUCAGAAGAGGAGCCUGCACCACCACCGAAAUCCAGCACGAGGGGGAAAAGAGCAACAGCAACCAGAACAGCGGCAUCGACAACGGCGAAGAAGACUACGACGCGGGGUGCCGUCAAGUCCAGGCAAACAAAGCUAGACUUUUCACAAAAGAGCGGGGGCGCGAGUCAGAAGGCUUUUGAAAUUAGCGAUGAUGAGAUAUCCGACGAUGAUGCGUUCGAGCCCGCUCCCCCGGUGUCAAGUAGAACAAGAAGAAGAUGA